GGAAAAGCAGUAUUUUUUUCCGAAACAAGCUUCGGUGGACUUCAAAUCCCAGAAUCCAACAGUAUCCAUUUGCGUUGGUAGAACUGGAUACUCAUUUCAAUCGGGCGCAUUUAAACACGUGUUGUGGAAUACAUUUUUUUUACUACAGUACUGUAAAUAACUAAAAGUUAGACCUCAGAAAAUCAAAAUGCCGAAAGUUAAAGCAGAAAAGAAAACCCGACAACACCAGGAAAUUAAAAGUCAAGGUAUCAUGUUUAACACUGGAAUAGGUCAGCACAUUUUAAAAAAUCCUCUGAUUGUCAAUAGCAUUAUUGAAAAGGCUGCUCUUCGGCCAACAGAUGUGGUUCUGGAAGUUGGUCCUGGUACUGGUAACAUGACCGUGAAACUAUUAGAGAAAGCAAAAAAGGUAGUUGCUUGUGAGUUGGAUACCAGGCUCGUAGCUGAACUUCAGAAAAGAGUGCAGGGCACCCCAAUGCAAACUAAGCUUCAGAUCAUGGUUGGAGAUGUGUUGAAGACUGACUUGCCCUUUUUUGAUGUUUGUGUGGCUAACUUGCCUUACCAGAUUUCCUCACCGUUUGUUUUUAAGCUGUUGCUGCACAGGCCGUAUUUCAAAUGUGCAGUGCUGAUGUUUCAAAGAGAAUUUGCCCUUCGUCUGGUUGCAAAACCUGGAGAUAAACUCUUCUGUAGAUUAUCCAUAAACACUCAAUUGUUGGCCCGUGUAGAUCAUCUCAUGAAGGUUGGCAAAAAUAACUUUCGUCCACCACCAAAGGUGGAGUCCAGUGUUGUCAGAAUAGAACCAAAGAAUCCACCACCACCAGUGAACUUUCAAGAAUGGGAUGGUCUUGUCAGAAUAGCGUUUAUAAGGAAGAAUAAGACGCUUUGUUCUGCAUUCAAAUCUAGAGCAGUUGAGCAGUUGUUGGAGAAGAAUUACAAAAUCCACUGUUCUGUACACAACAUUGUAAUACCAGAUGAUUUUAGCAUUUCUGAAAAAAUAAACAACAUCCUUCAAGAAACUGGCUUCAGUGAAAAACGAGCACGGUCCAUGGACAUCGAUGAUUUUAUGAAAUUGCUUCAUGGAUUUAACUCGGCUGGCAUCCACUUCUCGUGAAUGAGGGGAAAGAGAAUAUUUAUAUAUAAAAGAUAAAUGACUAAAGAACUGCUAUGCUGUUGAAUGGACAAAUGCAGCUUGUGCAUGUCCUCUGGAAUUACUUGAUCAACUUCUAACUUAUUUUACUAUAGGUAUAGGUAAGAAAAGUGUGGUUAAAUUGAAUGGGUUUUAAUUUAAUACUGUUAAAAACCACAUCAUUUAAUUGUGGCCAAUGGCAAUCCACGCCCUCCCUCUUUAGUAGUAUUACAUUGCUGAAGUUGUGAAGGUGUGCACAGUAUUUUGUAAUUGUGUUCGUAAAAAUGUGAAUUGCUGUGACGGGGUUUCAGUAAAGAGUUUUUUUUAAUUAGAUUCCUCCUCCCCAGCAGUGUGGGAAAGCUUAUAACCUAGAAAGGAAACUUUAUAUACAAACACCUUUAAAUAUUUAACUUUAUUCUAGCAAGAUGGUGACCAUCAGAGCCUUUACUGUAUUAUACAAGGUUUGAAAUGAGUUUGGCUUGCUACUUUGUGUCAAGAGCCUGGCUGGUUUUCCUUGCUGGCUUUCUUCAUUUGUGAUGUGCAACAGGUUUCAGACUUUUACAUACUCAUGAUAGUUUACAGUGCUUUGAAAUGAGACCUUCUCUAUUUGGAUUUAUUCAUGUCACAAAUUGUUCGCUGGUGGCCCUAUAAAAUAGAAAUGACUUGGGUUUACACAAUCGUUAUUUACACACAUUUCGCAACAGUACUGUGAAACUUUAAAUUGAGAUUUUAAAUACAUGUUCAUGUUUUGAGGGAAACAUUGGUUUAAAAAAAAUAAUAAAUUAAAUACACAUCCAAAAUAAAUUUGUAAGCAGGGAAUUGUGAUUAGAAAUACAGUAAAACCUGCUAUAACCAGUCACCCAAUGGACUGAACAUAUCCACUGCGUUCUUCUAUUAAAAUUAAUAGAUCACAUUGCGAGUCAACCGGGUUAUAAAAGUUGGUGACUCUAAACAGAGGUUUAAGACAGCCACCCUGCCAAAGGGGGGCAAUCUGUCACCUCAGACCAGCUUUGCACCUGGGGUAAAUGUAUCUAAACUACAUUUUGGUUCACAUAGUAAGAUUCCCCCCAUUGAAAGGCUUAGGAUACUAUAAAAAAAAAAAAAAUGGAUUUUUUUUUUCUGACCAACAUGUUAAUUUAUGUUUGUCUUGUUUCGUCAUACCGUGGAAACCAAAAUGUAGAAUAAAAGGCAAAGAUUUCACUACAUAUUCCGUGCGCUUCUUUCCCAAAAGUUGAAUACAUUACAGCAGUGUUUUGUUAAAACAGAAACAAGGGAAUAUACAGUACUCACAUAUAUAUAUAUAUAUAUAUAUAUAUAUAUAAUUUUUUUUUUUUAUAUACAAUACAUUUCAGUAUAAAACCAUUCCAAAACAUACAAAUGAACAUUUAUUCUUGGAGCCAGCAUUACAUCUAGUGCACAUACUGUACAACAUUGAUGUUUAGCAGUACAAGUCAUCUCAAGUGUCAGUAUCCAUUAUACAUUAGUUUAUAGUUUUGUUUUUUUACAACUAAAAUGUUGAAAUGAGAUGUAAGCCACUCUUGAAAAUAAUUAUAAAACAAGUAAAAGAUGAAAGGCUUCAAUGUACCGUUACAUACCACAACUGUCGACUGCUUUGUAAAUACCUGUGUCAUAAUAUGGCACAUAUGUAAAGUAAACUACUCGACAUGGAUUGAAGUUGUAGAACACAAACAAAGUAGAUCCAACAAAGCAAAAUGAACACUGACAAGGAAUGUGUUUUAUUAAGACUGUGCUUACUGUGCAGUUCAGCUAAAGAAUGAGCCUGGCCCUAUAGCAAGAUUGCUAUAUACAGCACAUACAUGUGGGCACAGUUAGGGCUAUAGGGAAAUAUUUUACAAUCACUGAUGGGUUAUGCAUGCAUACAUUUCAAAACUGUCCAACCAGUCUUUGUAACAAAAUCCUAACACAUUUAACAGAAAGGUACUAUGGAAGUCAAAAGUCCACAGUUUUACUUCAUUGGUUUUUAAAAAAGUUGGCAAGGAUUAGUAAAAUUAAAAAAUAUCAAACAAAGUGCUCCUAGGGAUCCUAACCCUGCAAGUUUGUGCUGUUGGAAGCAUUUGUAUUAACACCAUGGGAGUGGUUCAUGUACAACAGAAAAGUGAAAGAGUACGAAGGCUCCUCUUAUUUACAUCGCAAAGUUUUUAGUUUUCAAGUUGUUGAUUUCUCACAACCAGUUUAAGAAUGACAGAAAUGUACAGUAGUAGAAGUUUAGUGGGUUUCUUUUUUUUAGUUUUAUAAUCCUUAAGGAACACACAUACACACAUUAUAUAUAUAUAGCCUAAAGGGCACGUGGUCGCUUGGGAUUAAUCUGCUUACUAGCUUGUUCUUCCUCCUGGAGGGCUGAACGGAAAGAUUUCACUUUAUCUGUAAAGAAAACAAAGCAGAGUAAGGUUUGGUGUACAUCACAAGCUUAGACUUGCCUAACUGGUAAAGAUUUUAAAUUGAAGUGACAGUAAAUGAGAUUUCACAGACCCCGACAGAACUUAUUUGGGCUAGGUAAAACUACGUAGUUUAUAAGAUUAGUACUGUGAAGUCAGACGUCAGUUACCAUCAUUGUGCUUUAGAAACUGAAGAGACAAGUAGUAAAUGAAAUGUGAGAAAUGGGUGAACGUAAUUGGCUUGACAUCUGAUGCAGGCAAAUAUGUUAAAUAAAAAGGACCUAAAAAGAUAGAGGUCUCCAGUAAAAUACAUUCUCUAUACCCAUAAUAUAUAUUACAGAAUAGCAUGACUUAACUGUACCCACUGUAACAAAAACAUAGAUUUACUCAACAUAAGAGAGUUUCCGGACUAUUUCCCUGCUUGCACGUCUAAGUUAGACAAAUUAAACAUGACAAACUUAAUGAAAUGUAGAACACACUUCUCCAGAUUUUGUCCAGUCAUAACCAAACUGGAAUAACUGCCAUGUGGUGUUGUGUGCAAGAUUCCACAUGCAUUUGCAAAACAUGGCCUGCAUACUCUUUAAUAAAGAGCUUUUACCUCUUA